AACUCAAUUCAUCAACUCAAGCAUCUCAAGUUUCUCAAUCGGUCCAGCCACACCUUCAGUCUUCUCUGCAGACACUGAGAGCAAGAUGAGCAGCAAGGUUCUUCUUGUCAGUGCUGUCCUGGCGGGGCUCGUCGCUCUGAGCUCAUGCAGGAGCUUGGGAGAGUUGUCUGAACAGAAGACCUACUCUUCUGCUCCCCACUAUGGCGGCUCCCCAACUCCAACGUACGGCUCAGGAGGCGGGUACAAGCCAACACCGACGCCGACUUACGGCACUACGCCAACACCAUCUUACGGCACUACGCCAACACCAUCUUACGGCACUACGCCAACACCAUCUUACGGCACUUCGCCAAGUACACCUUCCCAUGGGUUCCCUGAAAUUCCAAAGCACGGAUUCACUGGAUCCUGCGACUACUGGAAGAAACACCCAGACAUGAUCGUUGCAGUCGUUGGGUCCCUCGGCAACAUUGGCAAUACAUUCGGUGCUGCUUGCAGUAUGAUCGUUGGCAAGAAGCUUGAGAAUCUGCAUGAUGCACUCUCAAACACCAGAACUGAUGGUGUCGGUGCCCUCCUGCGUGAGGGAGCAGCUGCAUACCUCAACUCCAUUGUGAACAAGAAGUUUCCUUUUACCACCCAGCAGGUGAAGGACUGCAUUAUUGUGGCCGUGACCUCUGAAAGUGCCGCUUCUGCCCAGGCUGGGAUCUUCAAGAAGGCAAAUGAAUACCACUACUAGUCCUGGAUGUCUCCUGCCUGAAUUGUAUUUUUCUCGAUUGAUGCUAUCGUUCAUUUCUUCCCCUUGAUAUUUUGUUGGUUUGUCAUGUAAUAUCACUGUCCAAGAUAUGUUGAUGAAUUCCUUGUAUUUUGUUGGUUUGUUAUGUAAAAUCACUUUAUACAUAUUGAUGAAUUUCUUGUAAUUUGUUGGUUUCUAAUGUAAUAUCACUGUCUAAGAUA